AUGGCUGGAGUGAAGCCAUUGAUAUAUGCUGAGCUUUUGUCCAAUAUCCGUCAAGUUUCUGUCAUCGCGGCUCUGAAUACGCCAUCUGAUUCCUCGACUCGAGUAGAGGUAUUGGAUGGUGGCCGUCAGAUUCUCGUAUCUCACCAAGACCUGAGCUCGGUCUUAAUCCUGCCUGGACAAGUUACGCUUUACUCCCAGCUUCAACAACCUGUGUCUGGGCAAAAAGAAGUCUCAUGGCGUCUUCCACUGGCAAGUGCACCAAGCUCUGGGAGGGUUGUAGCGAAUCUGCAAGAGAAUGAAACUCCUUGGUCUGCUCGGGACUUGGGAGAAGACGCUGAGUUCUCCUGUCGCGAAUGCAGCGCUAUCAUCAUCAAGAAUGGCUCGAUCAAGGAUUGGAAAGAUCUCCCGAGUGAGAACUGGGCAGAGAUGAUGGAGUUUUGGCAUUGCCAUAAGCCCGAUGUCCCCAAGCAUGAGCAGAAUGGACCCAACAAUGGAUCAAGCGAUCACAAACACCAUUCUCAUACCGACAGUAAUGCGAACAGAGGCUAUGGGGCGAACUCAAAGUUUAUUGCGAGAAAAUCUACCGGCUUUGUCGACCCAACAACGUUCCUUCUGGCCAGCGCCGAUUGUUCCAACAUUCAAGGGCUACAGAAAUCAGAGCUGUCAAACAAGCAAUUAGAUUAUCAACCACUGAGUUGCUUAGGUUGUAACCAAUACUUGGGCAUAGUUGACCCGCAAGCAGAAGGAGUCCGUCUAUACAAAUGGAGGCUCUUGUGCAAUUCGCGACCGUCUUCGCAGCCAAACGGCUCAACGACUGGCUCGAUUUUAGAAGCACCUUCAUUAUCUGUAUUUUUUGCCUCUGAGUUGAUACGGAUGCAUCUGUCACAGUGCGUGUCGCGUAUCUUACUUUCGCCGAUAUCAUGGAAGCCGGCACAAGUAUCUACUACUCCGACUAAAACAUCAUUUCCAAAGUUCAUCUCGCUCUGGGUCCUGUCUCCUGGCUUGAAGGUAUCUGGAUUGGGUGCCUCGCCAGAUUCCCCGGUCAACUCCAGCAAUGAUUUGAACAGCACGACUCAGUCCCUCUUGCGAAGUCUUCAAUUAAAUCCAAAGCGGCCAGGUUCAUCUAAAGGCAACUCAACUUCAAAGAGCAGCCAGAUUGCUUGUGGUCUUAAGGUGAAACUGUUUUGGAACCAUGUAGAUGAGAAAGCCGCUAUCGAGUUACAAGACCGCGAAGAUACAGAAGAACUGUCUUUGCCUGUCGAGGCAAUUGAAGAAUUAUCAGCAUGUCUCCAGAAUUCUGCUAAUAUUCUGCCGCCAAGUGCGCGCAGAUUUCAGACUUGGAAUGUAGGAUUGCUAGACAGAUACGAACAGCCAAGAUAG